CCCGGGGCGGCGAGCUCAUUUUCCUGCCUGUGCGCCGUUACCUCCGCACCAACCAAGGCAUGCCUCCUCCUCCCGACUGAGGAAGGCUGGUCAUGGGCCCAGCUCCAAUCAAUCACAGGGCUUAAGAUCUGAUUCACGCCAUCAGCAAUGAAGGCUGGUCGGUCGCCUUCUUGCCCCUGGCCGGCUCCCCGGCUGCUGGAGAUCACCUGCUCUUCAUCAUACCAGUCUUCCGUCACCUUGAUCAAGAACAGCUACAGCAGAACGGACUUCUCGCUCUCUUGCUGUCAGGCAAUAUGUACCCGGUCCCGAUUCUACCUUUCCCUAUCCCAGCACCGACCCACCCGCCCAACCCAUGGUCUACGCAAGUCAUCGGCGGAUGGCCAUCGACUUCAUUUCACUCCCAACAGGCUGCUGCUGCUCCCGAGAGCAGCUUCAUGGGCAGCACUGCGCACAACAGCGUUUUGCGUCCUAUCGCAGCCAAUCGACCCCCUCACAAUCAUUCUCAGGCAGGGUCGUUCAACAGAAACGAAGAAACGCCGUUCUCGUCGCAUAGGCAAAGCGCUCACGAGCAACACGAGGCCGUCCGGAGGGCAGUAGAGCUGAUGGCGCCGCGGCUUCACCAACUGCGGCAGCCGGCGAUCCUACAAGCCGCACGACGCGAAUGGUGACCGACUCUGAUGGGCGGUCCCGUCACCCAAGAAUACAUGCAGGCAGUAUA